AUGGCGUCCCUCUUACGGAGACCCUUCGCCAUCACGGCAACAUUGCGACAAGCAUCGCCGAAAGCACCGCAAACCCUCACGAUCCGCGCAUUCCACAACACGCCACUGAAGCAGCAGUCGCACUUCUUCCGCCCCGCAAAGCCGACGGUAUCGACAUCGCACAAUGUUUCCAAGUUCCAGCAAGCGUUCCGACGCGGAUACCAGCAGGCUGCCUACAACCCGGUGGCGCAGGGCGACUUGCGACAGCGCAUGCUGUAUGGAGCCGGCAUCUUCGGUGCCACCCUUUUAGGCAUCAACUUCAUCUUCAACCGCGAGACCCGCGAGGACGGCGGCAUGCCGCCAUUCGAGCGCGAAUACCUCAACGACACCUUCAUGCACACUGGCCUUGGUAUUGGAAUGAUCGGCAUUGCUGCCCGCGCGCUGCACAUGAACGGUUGGAGCUUCAGGCUCAUGAGCGCAAACCCAUGGCUGGUACUUGGAGUUGGCCUGGUUGGAAGCAUUGGCACGAUGUAUGGAACUAUGGCUACCUCGCCGUCUAACUACGUCCAAAAGUACGCCCUCUGGACUGCCUUCAACGGUACCCAAGCCCUCCUUCUGUCGCCCCUCUUCUUCAUGCAUCCUGCCAUCCUCGCUCGCGCCGGUCUUUACACUGCUGGAAUGAUGGGUUCAAUCGCUUUCGUUGGUGCGACCGCGAAGACAGACAAGUACCUCUACCUGGGUGCACCGCUUUUGGGCGGCGUGGCCAUUGUCGCGCUCUCUGGUCUUGCUCCACUCGUCAUUCCCGCCACCGCUGCCCGCACACUUAUGUUCACCGAGAACAUCUGGCUAUACGGCGGACUUGCCUACGACGUUCAGAAGGUGCUAAACCAUGCCCGCCAGGCUGAGCGUGGCUUGAUCCCAAAGGAUCCCGUCAACGAGUCCAUCUCGCUCGAGUUGGACUUCAUCAACAUCUUCGUCCGCAUGGUCCAGAUCCUGGGCAUGAGCCAGAACAGAAGGAAGUAA